AUGGCAUCCGCGCAAUCCGCUGGCCUUGCGCCCAUAAUGCCCAUAGGAACACCGUACUCGACCUCUCCUAAACCCCUGAUUAAUGUCCUAAUCCGUCGCCUGCCUCUGAACACAUCGGACGAGUCGCUGAGGCUAAUGGUUGUGUGGUCCAAAGAGUUGGCUGAUGUAGAGCUUCUCCCCCUUGAUCAAUCAGGAGACGAUGGCUUCCGCUCCGCGAUUCUCAAAUUCAAGACGAUGAGUGGCGCACAAGAGGCGAGAAACAUGCUUGAUGGCCGUUCUAACAUCUCCAACGACGCCCAGAUGAUUGUUGAAGUUCUCGAUACUAGCCCGACAACAAGUGGAAAGCGUUCGACCGGAUCUGGAACUACAAGUCCCAAUGGGACCGCAUCCACGAACUCAUCGAACAUGGGCGCCCGACAGCCACCUCGUUUCUCCACGUCUGCUUUCCACUCUCUGGAAAAACUAUCGACACAGUCAAAUGGCCUGUCCGGCACCGAGUUGCCGACCCCCGACGCCAACAGCCAUUACCAUAAUCUGUUCUCUCCACAGUCCCCAAUUGGCAUGCAGCUUUCCGACCGAACCAGGGUUUCCGGCAAGAGUCUUAUUGAAAACAACUUUGCGGAUGACGACGAGACGAGCGAUCUUUUGAAGGACCCGGUUGCAUACGCCGAGAUCAACAUCAACAGUACAAGCGGACGAAGAGCAACAGCACCUCAGAUCCCCAUUGGAAGGCUGCAAACUCUUUCCCUGAAUGGAAAUGGUGGACCUGUCUCUGCAUCUGUUCCUUCUCCCUAUGGAAACGGCAUUCCGUCACACGCAAAUCCCAUCAACUCGCUCAAUGGGACUGCUCAAGGCCUAGGCUAUACAAUGGGAGGCAACCCUCAUUACCAGCGACAUAACUUCCCCCCUGUGAACCCGGCAGAUCAAAACCCUCCCUGCAAUACUCUUUAUGUUGGGAAUUUGCCGAUUGACACCUCGGAGGAAGAACUCAAGGCGUUGUUUUCCAAACAGAGAGGAUAUAAGCGACUCUGCUUCCGUACAAAGCAGAAUGGCCCCAUGUGUUUUGUUGAGUUUGAAGAUGUCUCAUUUGCGACAAAGGCACUUCAUGAACUCUAUGGUCAACUCCUUCAUAACAGUGUGAAGGGAGGCAUAAGACUCAGUUUCUCGAAGAAUCCUCUCGGUGUCAGAUCCGGCCACAAUAGCGCCCCAGCCAACUCGGCAACAUCAGGAGCAAUGACUAGUCCCAUGGCCAAUGGUGUCAAUGGAUUCACUACUGCAAACGGACCUCCUCCAGGCUUGUCUGCUCCUCCAGGUCUAGGAGCCUCUCGCCCGAGCUUCAACUCGCCUAGUCCUAACCCGAGCCACAAUUUCAACCACGGGGGCUUUGCCGGCAACUCGAAUUAUCCGUGGAAUGGGGCACCGUAUCCCGGGCAAGCGAUGACCACCGGGACAAAUGGAAUUCUGAGAUCCAACAAUCCGAAUCAGCUUCCGCCACAUAUGAUGGGCCGAUAG